AUGCUCCUUUUGCUUCCAAUUCUCGCUAUUGCCACGGCGUUGCCGUUUGCAGCCAUACAGCAGACUCCACACCCAUUACCUCUUGAGUUCAGUAUAUCGAGAAGUUUUGACACAGAUUCUCCAUUUUGGAACCUCGAAUUUUUCAAGAAACUCAGUCUGAAACUUCUUUCCAAAAGGUAUCAGUCUGCGCUGCUUUCCAACCAUAACAACGUUAACUACUGGCUUGACAUCUUCUUGGGUCCUGGAAACCAAAAAAUUACAGUAUCCUUGGACACGGGCCUGUCAGAUCUUUGGGUGUAUGGACCCAACGUGUCAAGCUCCUCUGGUGGCACAUUUGAUCCAGAAGCCGCUGGAAGCACUCCCCUCAAUGAGUCCUUCAGCAUCUCGUACUUAGACGGAACAGGUGCACAGGGCGAUUUCUACAAGGACGAUUUUUCCUUGCUGGCUCUGAAGGGCCUUUUAAAAGAUUUCCAAUUUGCCGUCGUAGACCAGGCAAAAUUCAAUGGCCCUGGUAUUCUCGGAGUAUCGAGCAGAGAAGUGGAAACGACUGCAAACAAGUACAACAACUUGCCCUUCGCUUUGCAAAAGGCCGGAAUCACAGAAAGAGCAAGCUACUCUCUAUACUUGGGAUCUCUGGCCGGCAGUAAGGGCACCAUCAUCUUUGGCGGUAUUGAUAAGAAUAAGUAUGAGGGAGAAUUGGUGAAAUACAAUAUUCCAGGAAACGACGCAGCCCUAGCUCUCAAUGUGGUCUCUUCUUCAAUCUCAGGCAAUGUCUAUAAUCAGACAACGAAGUAUCUUUUGGAUUCAGGAACGUCAUGGAAUUUGUGGCCCGAGGAAUUAUUUCAGUACACCGUUCAGGCCUUGAAUGCUACUGAAGAAAACGGUUUGUACAUCGUCGAGUGCAAUCAGCCCACCGACAAAUUCUUGGAGUUUAACUUCGGACAAAACGACGUGAAAGUCUCUUACAAGAAUCUUCUUGUUGAGUGGAAUGGUAAAUGCUUGCUCGGAGCCCAACCAGGACAGAACACCUUCAUUCUUGGAGAUGUUUUCUUACGUAGUGCGUACGUCUACUACGACCUAAGCAACAGAACAAUUUCUGUAGCUCAGUUCAAAGACUCAUCUACCUCAGACAUUAUAUCGUUUUGA